CAGAGAGAACCGCAACAACACCAGUCAGUAAAGAAAAAAAUUCUUCGGUGGCAACCUUUCCUUGGUCGUCCUCAAAAAGUCGAUGACAUCGCUUAUCAAGAAGAAGUGGUGACAAUACUCAAACAAGUUCUUAAAGGAGCUGAUCUGCCAAACUUACUGUUUUAUGGUCCUCCAGGAACUGGCAAAACCUCUGCAGCUAUUGCCCUUUGUCGCCAACUUUUCAAAACUCCUGAAGUUUAUAGCGAAAGAGUGUUAGAAAUGAAUGCUUCUGACGAAAGAGGCAUAAAUAUUGUCCGUAACAAGGUAAAUUUUUGUUCAAUAGGUCAAUCGUCAUUGCACAGAUUGUUAAAAAUAACUAUCAUUAUACUCGACGAAGCAGAUGCAGUUACUGCGGCUGCGCAAGCAGCCUUACGCCGUACUAUGGAAAGAGAAUCUCGAACAACUCGCUUUUUUUUGAUCUGCAAUUAUAUAUCAAAAAUUAUUGAUCCAUUGACUUCGAGAUGUGCGAAAUUUAGAUUUAAACCUUUGUCCGUUGAAAGUCAAAAAGAGAGGUUCAUAUGUGAGGAAAGACUCCUUGAUGGAGCCAAUGAAAUGCUUCAAUUACUCGAUUUUAGUGCUGUUGUUCAAGAACAGUAUAAAGCUAUUGCUUAUUCAUAA